CAGGAGGUGGAGGAGGAGGCGGCGGAGCGCGAUGGGCGCCUGACGCCCGGCCCGUCCCGCCGCCGAGGGACGAUGGCGCGGCCCCGCGGCGGGCGGUGGCUGCUGGGUGUCCUGCUGGCCCUGUGCCGCCUCGCCGCGCCGCUCGCCAAGAGCCUGGAGCCGGUGUCGUGGAGCUCCGCGAACCCCAAAUUCAUGACUGGGAAGGGGCUGGUCAUCUACCCGGAGAUUGGGGAUAAACUGGACAUUAUCUGCCCCAAGGCGGAGCCGUCCAAGCCUUACGAGUACUACAAGCUGUACCUGGUGAGGAAGGAGCAGGCAGAUGCCUGCAGCACCGUCAUGGACCCCAACGUGCUGGUGACGUGCAACCGGCCUGAGCAGGAGAUCCGCUUCACCAUCAAGUUCCAGGAGUUCAGCCCCAACUACAUGGGCCUGGAGUUCAAGCGGCAGCAGGAUUACUUCAUCACAUCCACUUCCAACGGGACGCUGGAUGGCCUGGAGAACCGGGAAGGAGGGGUCUGCCAGACGCGCUCCAUGAAGAUUGUCAUGAAAGUGGGGCAGGAUCCGAACGCGGUGAUCCCAGAGCAGCUGACGACGAGUCGGCCGAGCAAGGAGUCGGAUGACACGGUGAAGAUGGUCACGCAGAGCCCACGCAGCAAGAUCCCGGCGGUGGAGGAGCCCGGCAAGCCGGGCUCUGUCAACCAGGAUGGCCAGGAGACCCAAGGUCCCAGCGAUGGCUUCCUGAGCUCCAAGGUGGCCGUGUUUGCAGCCAUCGGUGCCGGCUGCGUCAUCUUCAUCCUCAUCAUCAUCUUCCUCGUCGUGCUCCUGAUCAAGAUCCGCAAGCGGCACCGGAAGCACACGCAGCAGCGAGCCGCAGCCUUGUCCCUCAGCACCUUGGCCAGCCCGAAAUGCAGUGGGAACGCGGGCUCGGAGCCCAGCGACAUCAUCAUCCCCUUACGGACUACAGAGAACAACUACUGCCCGCACUACGAGAAGGUGAGCGGGGACUACGGGCACCCCGUCUACAUCGUGCAGGAGAUGCCCCCGCAGAGCCCAGCCAACAUUUACUACAAGGUGUGAGGAGCAGCCUGGGAACGGCCGAUGCAGGAGCGCGGGAGCGCCGGGCGCGGGGGCCGCCCGCCCCGGGCUGGCGCCGGAGGGAGGAAGCGAAACGACCCCCCCGGCACGGCGGGGCAGCGCCGGGGCUGCGCCGGGGAGCGGAUGGCUCACGCUCACGUGCUGAUUCUCCCCUUUGUAUUUAGUUUUGUAGUUCUCAGCUUUUGUAAUCCCGAGACUCGAGGGUGAGCCUUCAGCCUCCUCCUCUUCUUCUCCAGACUGUGGCCGGCCGUGGGGGCGGGCGCCGUGCCUUUCCGUGCUCGGGACACCGCUGGCAAACCCGGAGACUCCACCUCCCCUUUUCGUUCUGGGAUUUUCCCUCCGUCCUUGCUGAAGUGCCCGUGUGCCGACGCCGCGGGGGUCCGGGAGCCUGGAGCGACGCCGGGGCCGUGUCCGAGGAGCAGCAAUCGGCCGCGGGGGGAUGAAGAGGAGGAGGAGGAGGAAGCUUUGCCACGGUGCCAAGAUGCAGACAACUGUGCAGGGAGGAAGCUGGCAAACCCGAUUUACUACUACUACUAUUAUUAUUAUUAUAAUUAUUUUAAUUUUUUUGUAACAUUUUUAUUUUUGUGAAUUCCGGGCGGGACUCCGGCCCGCCGCCUUCGGGCACACGCCAUCGCCUCCUUCCAGCACGCCGUCCCCCCGGCCCUGGGGCACGUCCCGCUCCCGCCGCUGCCCCUGGAAACAUUUGUGUUCGUAGCUGUUGACUCUUGUUUUAGUCUCUUUAUAAAAAGAAAGAAAGAAAAAAAAAUAUUCUAUCUACACCCUGUCUCAAGCAUUCAGUGCGUGAGGGGCCGGGGCUCCUCCUGCCCCGUGCGGAGCAGCUGUGGCCCGGCAGCCCUUCCCGACCCCUCCGGAGCAUCCCACUGUGGAGAAAAGCCUUUGGGUUUCCAUUGGGCUGGAGCUGAGCCUGCUGGAAGCAAAGUAGGGGGUGGCAGGGGUAGCUGCAGAACCCCCAAGCUGGGCAUGCUGUGGGAGGUUGUCCUUGGAAGGGAAAACUGGAAAACAAAUGUUCCCGACCCACAGCUCAUGCCGGAGGUAUCAGGAGGAGGCCGGCGCUUGGGGCUGGAAGCCCCCCAGGAGGCUGGAGUACCAGGCUUGGCUUGGUUGGGAGCUGAGCCAAAGGCUUUUCCAUGCCCCUUGGUGAGACCUGCUUUGGGGACCAGCCUUUGCCAUGCCUGUCCCCCCACCCUGCUCCUGGCACAGGAGUGUCCUUGUCCUGCCACCUCCUCGGGGUCCCACAGCCCGGGCUCCCCCACCCUUGCCUUGCCCAUCUCCUGCCUAACACUGGACAGGGUUGAGCUUUUCUGGUGGGAUCAUUCCCUGCUUCCUCUUCCUGGGAGGACCUGCUGGCGCUGUGGCCAAUGCCAGUGGGCAUGGUGGAGCUGGCUGUGCCCUGUCACCCACCUGUCCUCUGGCUGUCCCCCCUUCCUCACUUCCUUUUCCUUCCAGCAGUAGCUGCUUUUGCUCAGGGAGCAGGAGUGGGGCCAGCAGGGCUGCUCCGCCUGGGCUGUUCCCGCCUGUCCCCAGGGCCCCGAAUCCCGUGUUAGGAAGUGCCCAAAGAGCGAGGGAGCUGCUCUGCUAAAGUGCCUUGACGAGGAGUGGGCAGGGGUGGGGGGGCAGAGCAGGGACGGGGGUCCCGAUGGCUCGGGGUGUCCGGUGACUCGGGGGUUCUGGUGGCUCGGGUGCUGCGCUGGGGUUUGGGCCCCAGCGGGAUGGGAGCAUCCUGGGGUGUCACAUUGUUGGGUUUGUGGUGUUCUAAGGCAGGAAUUCGGGCCAGAGUGGAGCAGGGUGUCCCAGCUCUCCUCCUGCCCUCAGCAUCCCGAGGUGAUUUGGUUUCCCGGGCCCCGAACCAGCUGCUUCCCUAGGGAGGGAUGAGCUGCAGUGGGUGCUCCUCCCUGCCCUGCCCCUCUCCCUGUUCCCCCCGUCCCUCCACUGCUUUUCCCCACGUAGCACCUUCCGUCCCUCUCUUUUCCAUGGCAUCCGUGCCAGUGCUGCCCACCCUGGCCUGGGAACCAUCCCCACCAGGACACUCCAUUCAUUCCCUGCUGGGGAAUGGGAUCUGCUCUUGGAAAUCCCAGAAAAUUGUGUCUUAAAAAAAUCCCCCUUUCCUUCUCCCGUUUGCCAAACCUCGGCUUGUGGUUCCCAAAGUGUCAGAGCCCUGGCUGGGCGGUGGUGGCAGUGGUGACAGUGACAGUGGAAUCCCUUGGGAGCAGCGGCUGGAGUGGAGGGGCAGGAGAGGGACAAUGUAGUUUUGGUUUGGUUUUGCAGACGAUGGGACGGAAUCUGGCCACGGGUUGUACCAAAAGUGAUCUGACAGUGCUGGUGGCUUCCCACAGUGGCCAUCCCCAGCUGACGUCCCCAUCAGUCCGGCUCCUGCUGGGAACAGCUGGAAAACCUUGUAAAUAUGUGAAGAAAGGGUGAAAUCAGAACUCUUGGUUUUUGUCGAGCACCUCAGGCUGCUGGGUCCUGGAUCGGAGUGUGUCCCUCGGGUUCUUUUCAUGGAAAGUAUUGAAGUUUGGU